AUGGAGGCCCACGAUUCCAUGGUAACCGUCAGGCUCUCUGAACCGCCUAUCUUGUCUAUAGACACCAACGUUGGCCCCCGCUCGCCGCCGAGGAGGAGACCUAGUACUGUUCGCAUCGAAAAGCUACCUUUCCCCGAAAGCACAGCGCCAGUUGGGGCCACAAAUGUAGCCGAAGGCGAGGGCGAGAUCGAUGGCGAUACCACACCACCAAGUGACCCGACGACGCCUUUGCCAGUGACAAACGCUGCAAAGACCCUCCAAGACGAGCUUGUGGACUACGAGGACGAGGAGGGUGACGAGGUCGGCGAACUGGUGUCUAGGGUAUCACCUACGAAAGUCUCACCCAUAGGCAUACUCGACGAGGUGAUCAGCCCUCUUCCACCCGACGACGAAGAAGAGGAAGAAGUGAACUGGGACGAGUUGCAAAAAACAGAGGCAGAAGAACCUAGGGACGCAGACACCGACAGAUCAACGGCCAUGUUACUGGCUAUGCUCGAGAAAGAGAACGACAAAUUGGCUACGAACCCGAAGAGCAUCAAAGUACAGCCUACUGAGCAAGUCACCGCUUCCAAUCGCCCCAGACCGCCAUCAAUGGCCCAACUGCGGCACAUGGUAACGGGGCCGACGCCCCCAGCCCUGCGUUACUCGAUGCUCCCGCCGCCACCGAUGACCGACCUCGAAUUCUACGCAGCAUUGGUCAAGGACUACCAGCAAACUGCUGCCCGUUUGCCCACGUUGUUAUCUAACAAGAUCCGGAAAGGUGUCCCUCCGCCAUUGCGGGGCGUCGUGUGGCAAAGCAUGUCGGGCGCGAGAGAUACCGCGCUGGAAGAGCAGUACGAGCGAUUCUCGGGCGAAACGAGCCCCUACGAAGCCACCAUUGGCAAAGAUCUGGGUCGGAGUUUCCCCGGUGUCGACAUGUUUCGCGACCCGGAAGGCGACGGACAGCGUAUGCUGGGCCGGGUGCUGAAAUGCUUCAGUCUCUACGACACAAAAAUUGGUUACUGCCAAGGGCUGGCAUUUCUGGUCGGCCCGCUAUUGAUGCACAUGCCCGAUAAGCAGGCGUUCUGUGUAUUGGUUCGAUUGAUGGAACGUUAUGAUCUGCGCAGCUGUUUCCUGCCAGACCUGUCAGGUCUGCAUGUGCGCAUCUAUCAGUUUCGAGAGCUUCUGCGCGAGCAUCUGACGCCGGUGUCGAACCAUUUGGAAGAACUUCAGGUCGAUCCGGCGUACGUUUCACAGUGGUUCCUCAGCUUUUUUGCCGUUACAUGUCCCCUGCCAAUGCUGUUUCGCAUCUACGAUGUCAUCUUUGCCGAGGGGGCCCCGGAGACCCUUAUGCGGGUCGCCCUAUCCCUGAUGCAGAAGAAUCAUGCCCGGAUUUUAGCGUGCACCGAGCUUGAGGACGUUAUGCAACUUCUCCUUUCGAGAGGUCUGUGGGAUUGUUACCAUUACAACGCAGAUGAGUUUGUCCAGGAUUUUGUCAGUUUAUCGGGUAUCGUUACUCGCGAGAAAUUGGCACAGUUGGAGCAGGGGUACCGAGACGCGCAGAUCGCUAGUGCAAAUGCGGCGCGUUCCUCGGACGUGACCUCUGCAGCGUCCCGAUUCCUGGGCCGCAUUUGGGCUUCCUCCACCAUCAUCUCCCCGAAAUCUUCCUCCACCCUGAGCCCGGGCCUCACCGCUCCGUCACGGCCUUUGAGCAUGUUACGCAGGAGCACAUCGAAGCAGAGUCUGGCUUCUACUCUCAAUUCGAUGGAAGCCAGCUCCGUCAGCGUACUCAGUUCUGCAUCUACCGAAGCCACCACCAUCUCCCGCGACUCAUCCAACACUGACGACAAUGCCUCCAUCCGCGAAUCGACACCGGUCGGCAAUGGCAUCGCAAAGUCCAUUAAUGCCACUGGCGCAAAGAAAACGCAAGAUCAUUAUCUGCACACUCAGAUCGAAGACCUCCUCGCCGCCUUGACCGAAGCGCAACGAAAUCACGCCCUGCUCGCAAGCGAAUUACAACAGGAACGGGAACAGCGCGAGGAGGAUAAGCAGGUUGUGCGGUCGCUGUUAGACGGCUUGCGCAAAAAGGCCAGCAACGACUCUGUCAGUACCGACGCGAGCGUCGAUACUCUCAAGGCCACCGACCCCGCAACUGAGGCACGCGAGGGAGGCGGGGGAGAUGUGGCCUCAGGGCCACAAGAAAAUGCCAAGGCUACCGAACAGGUUCAGCCUUCACCCGAGGAGCUUUCCAAGAUGCUCGAUGUCGUCGAAGAAAGAUUUGGGCGCCAUGUUAGCGAUGGACGCAGGAAGUCUGCAAGUGGCGGGUCAAAGUCGCACAUGCAACAGGAAUUGCAGCAACUCAAGGACCAGCUGGCUAGCGCGGUGUCGCAGGCCCAGAACUACGACCGGAAGAUACACGAUUUGGACCAAGAGAUUUCUGCAUUGAAAGACCAAGUGCGGGAGUCGCAUUCACACACGCGCAUCCUGCAUCAGGACAAGCAACGACUCGAGAAGCAGAUACACACAAUGAGAGCGCGGGCAUCGGCUGCAGAGGCGGAGAGUAAUAGUCACCACGAAAGCGACGGGCCACUUAGGAAGAGCUCUGCAAGCGGCACCGGCUUGAGAGAGCUGAAACUUGGUAGGAGCAAGUCGACGCCAUCCCAAGCGGGAUCAAUUUUCAGCAAGCGAUCUUCAUCAUUGAUCAAGGCGCACGAUUCAACCGUCCCGACCGUUACGCAUCCGGUUCCGGCGCCUCCACCGCCAACAGACGACCAGCAUGAGGCGCUGCUUUUGGAGCUCGUACAAGCCAAGACUGCCGAAGCUAUUGCCAGGCAAGAGGCCGAAGAGAUGAAGCAGAAACUGGAGAGCUUGCGCAAAGCGCACGGUCUCGUCGCUGCGGCACCUGCAGCAGAAGCACCUACGGCCGCGGGAGCAGCCGCAUCAGCCGCUAUGGGUGUAUUUGGCCGACUCACGGGCGCAUCAACAGAACCUGUCAAACCCGCCAGUCCGGCGCCGACGCCAGCAGCGACUCCCGCGCCCGCGGCGGGAGGAGGAUUCUGGGGCUGGAGACGAUAG